AUGAUAGGCUACAGCCUUAUAGCUGCGCCCGGCACCAUUUGGAAGAACAAUAUAAAGAAGCUCGGCAGUGCAUUCAGACCGAGCACCGUUGAUGCGUUUCAGGUGAUAUUCAACGAUCAGUCCAGAAAGUUAAUCAUAAGUCUGGAGACUGAAGUUGAUAGCGGGCCAUUCGAAAUGCAACACAAGUACCUCACUAACGUAAUCCUCAGAGCUGUUUCCCAAACCGCCCUCGGUGUAGCCGUUGACAAUGUCAUAAUAGAUGAGAAGUUCACUCGUGCAUUCAUUCGAGCAUUGGAGCUGGUUGUAGACCGAACAACGAACAUUUUCCUACACUCCGAAGCUGUGUAUCGGUUGACACCGGCUUACAGAGAGUUCGAAAUGUGCGCAAGGAUCGUCUGCGGUAUUACGGAAAAAGUUUUAAGACAAAGAGUAUGCGACGCGGAAAGAAAAGGAAAUGUAGAUAGGAGAAUAGAUAGAAGUCAGGGUUCAGAGAAGGGUUCGAUGAAGUCGUUCCUUGACAUUCUUUUGGAGAUGAGGGAAACGGAUCCCACACUGACAGAAGAGCAGAUCAAACACGAAGUGACUACAAUUCUACUGGCGGGCCAGGAGACGGCAGCGUCUACUGUUAAUUUCAUAUUCCUUCUACUCGGAUGUAGACCGGACGUUCAGAGGAAAUUGUAUGAGGAAAUCCGCCACGUGUUUGGUGACACAAGGCGCCCUGUAUCAAAGGAAGACCUCGGCCGCUUGGUCUAUUGCGAGGCCGUCAUCCACGAGACGUUGCGUUUGUACCCGCCGGUGCCGGGCGUCCUGCGUUACGUGGACCACGACGUUGAGCUCAAUUCCUGUACAAUCCCUAAGGGAACGACGUGCAUUUUCAAUAUUUGGGGCAGCGGGCGCUCAAAGCACAUUUGGGGCCCUGACGCCCUGCUGUACAAGCCCGAGCGAUGGCUGGACCCUUCGACGGCCUCUAAACAUGUCAACGCCUUGCUGAAUUUCAGCGUUGGCAAGCGGAUUUGCAUAGGCAGACGUUUCGCCAUGAACUUCAUUAAGACGAUACUGGUGCAUUGCUUGACCGAGUACGAGUUUCUUUCGGAGGCCGACAAGAUGACCUUACAAAUGGAUAUUUUAUUGCGACCGAAGAGUGGGAAUCUGUUGCAAAUACGGCGAAGGGUU